CAAAGAGUGUAGUCUUUCUAUGUAACGCGCGUUCGCCGGUCGUGUUCGGUGCAAACUCAGUUGUUUGACUUUACUCGAUUGUUUUAUAGUGUGAUUUAUGUGUGUGUUUGUGCUAACGGUACACAGGGAAUAGCGGUCACUCUCGGCAGAGUUGAGAUCGAUUUGAAAUGACCAUUGAAUUACUACAAGAAUAAAUAUAAAACAAGAGGAUAUUAUAAUAGCAAAAUGCCACGUCUAGAGCAGCCUCCGCCCGAAGACUUCCGCCGAGUGCUCCGCGAGAAAGCACUAAGUCACAGCCUGUUCUAUUUGAAGCUCGGCGCAGGAGUAGCACCGGAACACGCGCGGGAGCCGACGCUACCACCACGCCGGUCUAGCACCAGUGCGGUUGCGCGCGCGCCGACGAAUGGCCGCGUGCCCAGACAUGCGCAGCCCCGUGUUUCCGAGCUACUCAAGCGGUUUGAACCAGGUCCGAUGCAGUAUUUACGCCCACCGCGGGCCAGUUCACCCCAGGAAGACAUAUCCUCGUCGGACGAUGACGACAGAGCGGCCGUCAGGCGACGAAGCCGCGAUCUGAGUGACGACUCCGCUGUGGAACUCGACACGCGGAGGAGGCAUUCCCACCCGAGGGAUAUCACGCCGCCCCCAGAUGUUAUGUCUCCUAGAAGGGAGAGAACCUUGGUCGAAGCUCAUGUGGUGGAGCUAGGCCGGAGGGGCAGCGAGGGCUGUGAGACCAGAGGCAGAUGUGUCAGAACUCCUAGCGUGGUGGUGAGCGAUUACUCCGAUGGGGUGGUGGCAGUGGGUGCGACCGAGGAGGAGGUGGAUUGGCUCAGGUCAAGGUCUCUGUCUGCCGACUCUGCUUGUUCGUCAUGUUCCACGCUGUCGAGUCGCGAGGAUGACGAGUUCGAGUCACCGACUAUGACAAAAAAGCAAUCGGAAAGAUGGCGCAAACUCCGAAAUAUUGUGCAGUGGACUCCCUUCUUCCAAACGUACAAGAAGCAGAGGUACCCGUGGAUUCAGUUGGCUGGUCAUCAAGGGAACUUCAAAGCUGGCCCCGACCAAGGCACCAUACUGAAGAAGCUGUGUCCACAAGAAGAAACAUGUUUCAAAUUGCUGAUGAAAGACAUCCUUCGUCCGUUUGUUCCUGAGUACAAAGGGCAGGUCAAGUGCGAAGAUGGAGAACUAUAUUUACAAUUGCAAGACCUCCUCAGCGACUUCGAUUGUCCUUGUGUUAUGGACUGCAAAAUCGGCGUCCGAACAUAUUUAGAAGAAGAACUUGCAAAAGCGAAAGAGAAGACUAAAUUAAGAAAAGAUAUGUACGAAAAAAUGAUCCAGAUUGAUCCAAAAGCGCCAUCAGAUGAGGAACAUAGAAGCAAAGGCGUCACUAAACCUCGUUACAUGAUUUGGCGGGAGACAAUCAGUUCAACAGCUACAUUAGGGUUCAGAAUAGAUGGAGUGAAGAAGGCUGAUGGGACUAGUUCAAAAGACUUCAAGACCACCAAAACUAGAGACCAGAUUACAGAUGCAUUUAAAGAGUUCACUAGUAACUGUUCCAAUGCUGCGACGAGAUACUUAGAAAGAUUGUUGAAUAUACGCGCGACGCUGCAAGAAUCGCACUUCUUCAAGACACACGAACUGAUCGGCAGUUCCCUACUCUUCGUUCACGACAAAAGACGAGCUUCCAUCUGGAUGAUAGACUUUGCUAAGACUGUUUCUGUGCCCGAAGAUAUCAAUAUUGAUCAUAACACCACUUGGAAAGUUGGCAACCACGAAGAUGGGUAUCUUAUAGGGUUGAACAACCUGAUAUCUAUAUUUGAAUCUUUGAUUAAAGAUGGCAAUGGGAAUAUUGACCAGUGCUAUGCAAAUUUGAGUUUGGAUAAAGACAUGAGACAGGAUACGUUAGCUACUUGAUCUUUAUAGACUGAAAAUCUCUUUGUGAGUAAUUGACAUUUAUGACAAACACAUCGUGGUAUUCCCCUCAGCAGUGCCAAAACUGCUUCGUAUUGUUUGACACGACAUAGAAUUUCUACGUUAAGUUCAAUACGAUGUUUAAUAUUUAAAUUGAUUGUUAUUUGUAAAUAAGCUUAUAGAAGAUACCAUUUUGUAUUAUUAAGUUGUUAUAUAAUACUCAUAAUGUUAUAUAGAAUUGCACCACCAGCACUUUAUUAGUUUUAUACAAUGGUUUUGUAGCAAAAUAAUCAAAGUAAAAAUUGUAAAUAAGAUAUAGUUAGAAAAAGUUAAAAGGAAUUUGAUAGAUCAAAAUGUGUAGAGUAUUAACUUUGAUAGAACUUCGUUAAUCAUAGAAAAUCGUAGGCUUUCCACAAACUAAUGAAGUUCGACUUGCUUAAUUUGGUUACAAGUACACUAUAUUAGUGUAAUGAAUACCUAGUUAAAUAAUUGUUAUUAUAAUAAAUAUCUGGUGGUAUUAAUUAAAAAUAUAAUAUUAAUAACAGCUAA